AUGACCUUUGUGGGAUUAAGGCAGGAGAAUUCGAACGUAAUGCCCAUCAUAUUGAGCGUGCAGCAACAGCAUCAUCACAAUCACCAUGGUCUUGUAUCUACCGUAAGACCCAUGCAAAAUCAUCGGAGCAAUGUAAUUGUUUCGACAAAUAGUAUGUCAAAUAAUGAUAUAAAGAGCUUGCAAUUACACUCUUGUAAGAAAACAAAAAUUUAUGGUCAAACAACGGGUGCUUAUGGUACUGUACCUCAUCAGCCGGCUUCUGUGGCGAGACGUAACGCACGUGAAAGGAAUCGAGUUAAACAGGUGAAUAACGGAUUUGCCACUUUGAGGCAACAUAUACCCCAAAACAUCGCUCAAGCCUUGGGUGGUAAUACAGCUGGGACAUAUGGUGGUUCUAGAGCAGGUAGCAAGAAGUUAUCAAAAGUUGAAACCCUUAGGAUGGCAGUAGAAUACAUAAGGGGUCUUCAACGUCUUUUAGAAGAGAAUGAUGGUAAGGACAUUUCUUCGUCGCUCAUCACCCCUUCGCAAUCCACUACUUUAUCAACGUCACCUACAUCCACGUGUAUUUCUUCUACCAAUGGACUCAAUAACGAUACCAAUCAUCGACCUACCGAACUCAGAAUAUGUGACAAUGAAUUACAACAACAUCACGCUAACCCUACUCUUACAUCAGAUAUUCAUAUUCAUCAGCAUCUCGUGCAAAACAAUAGUUCGGUUUAUGGACCAACAUCCUGUUCGGAAUCAUCGAGUUCACCUACGCCGAGCUUCAACUCAGAUUCAUCCUCCCCCGGUAGUAAGGGUUACGGAACGUCCACGGGUGAUCCUUAUGCCUCUCACUAUGACGAUUACAAUUACAACGAGACCCUCCUAGAAAUUAUAUGUAAAUGGCAGGAAAGCUAA